GAUUGCAUGUGCCAAUUGGGUCCCAUCGGCCACGCUAGCGUUCCCGGUCCGGGUGACGGAUGGGGGACAAAGGGUCCACUCGCCAAUAAACCCUAAGGAUGUACAAGCGAUUGUUAAAGCGAUUGCGGACAAAGGGCUUAAUUCUGCCAUGGUCUCCACCCUUAUAGAUGGUGUCUUCGGGGGAGACGACAUGCUCCCAUUCGAUAUAAAACAAACUUGUAGACUGAUCUUUGAUGGGGCAGGGGUGAUUGUUUUUAAACAAGAAUGGGAGGACAACUGUGCGAGGCAACUAGCCCAAGUAACCGGGGCAGAUCACCCGCUACAUGGCUCCAGCCUGCAGCGGCUGAUGGGUACAGACCCAACAAUGAUUACCCCCCAGGCGCAGGCCCAGGGCCUACGGGCCCAUGAAGUUAUGACAACUACUCGUGCGGCCAGAGAAGCUAUUCGCACAGCCUCUAGAGUUAUUGUCAAGCCAUUGCCAUGGUCCACAAUAAAGCAAAAUGAAAGUGAGAGCUUUACACAAUUCGUAGAUUGCCUCCAGGCAGCAAUCGACUCCUCGACCCUGCCCGCGGAAGCGAAAGGCCCGGUUGUUGCAGAUUGCUUAUGUCAGCAGUGUAAUUCGGCAACCAAAGAAAUCCUGCGAUCACUACCAGUGGGGUCAAGUAUCGCGGACAUGAUUAAGCAUGUCGCAAAAGAAGAGCAUCUAGCCCCGAUUCAAGUGGCUGUUCGUACCGCGAUAGCUAAUGUAAUGGCAUGUUUUAAAUGUGGACAGGCGGGCCACGUUGUGAGUUUUUGUCCACAGGACCGGAUUAUCGGACACCCCCGUAACCCGUACGCCCCGGUGACAAGAGAGGACGACAAGUCGACAAGCAUCCUGCCCGCACCUAGGAGUUCCGCACCGACAGAACUCAAACAACGACAAAAUAGCCCCUGCGGGGGGGGCUGCGAUGCCUUUGUGUGA